AUAGCAGGAUGCUCAAUUUCAAGACCCAUCUCCAAAAACUGCCGAGAACUGAGAUACUCGGAGAGAAAGCGAAGAACUCGGGAAAUUGGCUACCUAUUAUUGUGAGAAGAAGCAAGAAAUCAGAACCCAAUUAUUAUUGAUUUGAUACAUUUUCUCAUAAAUUCUGACCAAUGGCAUCACGAGCUGGGGCUGUGGUUCAGGAUCAGAAUAUUAAUAUCCACUAUAAUGAUGCUUAUGUUGGCCAGGCCAAUGCCUCCAAAGCACCAAGGAAAGGAAUGCUUGGUGGAAGGACACCACUUGGUGAUUUGUCAAAUUCAGUGAAGUCUUCUCUGAAUCAGGCAUCAAAGAAGCAGCACUCUAGCAUUUUCUCCUUGUCUGAGAAACAGAGUGGUGUCUCUCAAACUGCACUUGCUGCAACCAAGAAGAAGAGUACAUCUAUAGCCGCGGGGAAAGUGCAUACCAGUAGUAGGAAAGCGCUUUCUGACAUUUCAAAUUCUGGGAAGCCGAACCUGAAUGAGGGGUCAAAGAAGAAGUACAAUGCAAACUUAAGUGUUGUGGCAGAGGAGUUAAUUGAUGCAAAUACAAUUGCAGUGGAAAAGUUUCUGCACAAUCAUCAGGAAUGUAUCAAAGCACAAGCAAAAGCCAUGGACUUGGAUAAAUUUUUACAGACACUUGGACUGGACAAUGGCUUUUCAAAACAGCAGGCAAAUCCCAAGUCAACUAGGGUGACGGCUGAGACUCCCCUAAGGCACUUGAAACUGAAAGAGAUGACAGAGCAGCUGUUUGAAGAUGGAUCCUGGAAACACAAGGUGACUAGCAAAGUUGAUUCUCCACCUGCUUGCAGAACUCCAAAAUCACCAAAGCAUUUUAUGGAUGUUGACUACAAGUUCAAGUUGUUAGAAUCCCCAUAGAAUCCCCAUGUGUUUGUUAGAUAGUAAUUUUGAUGAAAUCAUGUGAUGUCUAGCAUUUUGCAUUCUCCUUUGGAUUGGAGAGAAAAUUAUGCCAGAUGUAGAUAACAGGCUAUUGUAGAAUGUUGCAGCAGUUAUUAAGUCAUUUAAAAAUUAUCAGUAAAAAAACCUUCAUCAUCUAUCAAUUAGUACAA